AUGAGAGGGAAACGGUCGAAGCAAUAUCGCAAGCUCAUGGAGCAGUUCUCCAUGACGUUUGGCUUUCGCGAACCGUACCAAAUUCUAGUGGACGCGGAAAUGGUGAAAGAUGCGAAUAAAUGUACCAUGGACCUAACGGCCCGGUUGCAGAGCACAGUCCACGGCAAAGUCAAGCCUUUGAUUACCCAAUGCGAAAUUCGAAAGCUUUACGCAGACAAGGACCAGCCUGGCGGCAAUGCGGCGAUCGAACUGGCCAAGACAUUCGAGCGAAGACGCUGUGGCCAUCACCCUGAUGAAUACCCCAAACCUCUCGAGACGAUAGAGUGCCUACGGUCUGUUGUGGAUCCAAAAGGAACGGGCGAGAACAAACACCGCUACGUGGUUGCAAGUCAGAAUCUGGAUGUCCGGAGAAUGCUGCGCGGGGUCAGAGGAGUGCCGCUGAUAUACAUCAAGCGGAGCGUCAUGAUUCUGGAGCCCAUGGCGGAUCAGAGCGUGCAAAUCCGAGAGCGAGAGGAGAAGCGAAAGUUUAGGGCGGAGCUUAAGAAAAUGACUGGCAAGAGGAAACGUGAAACGAAAGACGAAGGAGAUGAGGGCGAUCACAGCGAUAGCGAUGACGAGGACGGCGAGCGAAGCAAAGCCACGCAAGCACCCACGACCGAGAAGAAACCCAAGAAGCACAGAGGCGCCAAGGGAGCGAAUCCCUUAUCCGUGAAAAAGAAGAAGACUCAGAAACCACCAAAGAAGGAUACCAACAAGAAGCCAGAGGACAAGAAGCCAGAGGCUGUAUCAGAUGCGCCGGCAAAGCGGAAGCGAAGAAGGAAGACCAAAUCAGAAAAUGCGACAGGCCCCGGCGCUUCAGAGCCAGCUGCGACAGCUCCGAGCAACGCCAGAGAAGAGAGCUGA